GUUUUCAUGACGACGUUAUUUGGGUGAUUUUCAAAUUGGUGUUGAUGUUGAGUGUUAGCGAGUUUAGGCUAGUCUCUACUUCUGGACAUUCUAAUUCGUUUGUUUGUGAUUUUGUCACGUUUUUCAUAAGAUUAUGGACUGAACUAGUUGGAUAAUCAACGAUCACAUCUGCACAGCUGAGCGGGCGCCUUGUAGACUAUAAUAGACAAACAAUCCCUGUCGCUAAAGAUUGAUCGAUUAGUCCCACUUUAACGUACCAACGGCUGUUUAGCGGAAAAUUCACCGAAUGGUACUAAAGGUGUUCCAGGAUAUAAAAGAACUUAUAGCUUCUAAACCUGGGGUGUGUGAUGUGAAUUUGACUGUGAAUGAACCUGUUACGGAAGACAGAAUUCGGAAGUGGGAAAUGUCGGCUAGCUUCAAAUUACCUGAAGAUAUGAAAGACUUUUACUUGACGACUAACGGGGUUGAGCUUAUAUGGUACAAUGUUUGUAAUGAGCAAACUUCAACAGUCGGACAGAUCAGAAUAAACAAACUUCAAGAUUUUACUUCUGUUAAAUUAAACUGUGUAAGUUCCGUCGGGGAAGAGACAAAGUAUGAUGAUCUUGACUUGUUUGUGGGCAGUUUGUUGGGAUCUGGAUUCAAAAGUUGGCCAUCUGCUUACGAAUUGGAGAAGUGUCCUAACGGAACAACUGUGGUAUUUAUUUUUGAUAACUGUCAAAAUGGUGUCUUUGUCUUGAGUAAUGAUCUGAGUAUUCACAAGAUCUGCAGCACAUUUGAGCAAUACAUUAGGUUGGCGAUUGUACACCUUGGUUUACGCGAUUGGCAACUUUGGUACACCACUGACAUUCCUAGUCUGAAUAGUCAGCAAUUGUGUUCACUAUAUAUACCUGAACGACUUUUGUUGAACGCACCUGAAUAUCGCGAACAGAUUUUGUUCUACUUGGAAGACCAGUGCCCUAUAUCUUUUGACCCAAAGAAAUUAAUAGACUUGGAGAUUACUAGACGUGAUCGUUCUAAAUUCUCCAGUAAAAUUGCUGCACCAGGGGUCCAGAGCAAACGAGGAAGCCUCUCACUCUGUGUCUAUCGCCAACAAUUCCAGCUAUCGAAAAACCCAGUUUCUUAUGAUACCGUUAUUGGUUUCACUUUUGGUCGUUCAACGUCCUAACCCUAUGCAAAACCAGACAGCAGAUAUCUUUUGCUAGAAUCUCGAUCCAUGGAUAUAUGCUGUUUCUCGGACAUAUAUACAAUGAUCCAGCGAUUCACUUAACCUCAGAACGACUGAAACUUUAAGUACUGGAAGAAAAUUGAAAAACAAAUAAUUUACAUAUGGUGUGGAAUAAAUUAUGCUCUCUUGUUUUCAUUAUUUUGAAAAUCUUUUUAUACAAUUGACUAUUAUCAAACCAUAGCCAUUGUAUACUUUCAGCUGUUUCUAGAUAGUGAUAUAAAGUUCUGUUUGUAUUGUUCUCA